UAUCAUUCAUGAUAUAAUCGUAUAUUGGAAAAUUUUAAUAAAUUAAAAUACAUUAGUAGUUGAAACUAUCAAUAAUAUCACUUUGUGUACCAAAACAAUUAUUAAUGAUUUAGCUAGUCGUUCUCUUUCGAAUGGUGUUCUUUGUCAAGAACCGUUUCGUAUCAAUAAAUUGAGUUGUUGAGAGAAGUUUAAUAAUGAAUCGUACACAAAAAAAUCCAUGAUUUAGUUAGUUGUUCGCUUCCGAAUGGUGUUUUUUGUCAAAAACCGUUUAGUAUCAAUAACUCGAGUUGUUGAGAGAGAUUCAACAAUAUAUCUUAUACCAUUUACUAGCACCCUCCCUUAUAAGAAAGUUAGCUUAUAUAGAAUUGAAGUUUGCACAAAUUGGCCCGCUUAUACAGAAUUGAAGUUUGCGCAAAUUGGAAUAUCGUGUGCUUAAGAGACGAGGUCACCAAGAUUCAAACACAAGACUUUUGGAUAAACUAUUCUUAAUUGGAUGCACCCUAAUUUUCGGUAUCACUUAACUAUUAUACCUAAUUCAACCAUCUUUCUUCUAAGACAGGACCACCCUCCUGUAGUCCAAUAAUGCAUAUUACGACCCUCAUCUCAAAGUCUUGGGAUGGAAUCGAAGGAAAAAUUAAUAAGAUAUGAUUCAUCUACACAAUAAAUAAAAGCCAAAUGAGAAAACUUGAAGCAUCAUUUCAAAUUUUCUGCAUUCAGAGUGAAAGUAGGAAGGACAUUUUGGUCUUCACAAUUACUUUUUUUUUAUUCAUUAAAAAUACACUUACUAGGAUUCAAACCAUGACCACUUUAAAGAAAAGCAAAGAUCAUAACCAAUCACACUAACUACAUUUGUUGUAUCUUUUUAAAUUAAAAACAUAAAAUCGCAGGGAGAAAAAAACCAUUCCCCCAUUUCAAAUUCCCUGCUCCAUGAGCGUUUAUAGGAAGGGUAGAAUAGGGAGUGUCAAUUUUUUUUUCUUUUUCCACUGUGGAACGGGCCAACUUACUGUACACAUGAGGAUUUAAACGGGUCCAGGAGUGUCAAUUUUUUUCUUUAAGUCCUUUUAUUUCUCCGUGGUGGUAAAAUAUAUAUGAAAAGGAAAAAAAAUACUCCUUUUUAUUGCUAAAAAGAAAAAAUUUAACAAUAAACUAAUGCCUGGAUUCUAACGGGUUAACCGCUAAUCAUAAAAUAAAAGAGUUGAAUGAGCCUGACCUACACGGGAUUUGCCCAUCAAGUAAAACAAAUGAACAUCAUGGGUUUGUCAUUCUAAAACAAGCUUAAUGGCUAAAAUAUAAUGUAUUUUAAAGUUAUUCAAUGGUUCAACCUUGACCAACCCAAUUAGUCCAAUUUUUAUAAUUUCAAAUAUAUAUUAUGUAAUUAUUUGAUAUCAUAAUGAUUAAAUUAUAGUGUAUAUUAUAGGAAAUCGUUUGGUAUUUGUUAGUAAAAAACUAAACAGAAAGAUCUAUUUGGUUAUUUUUAACAUUAAAACGAUCCUAAACAUUUUCAGUUUCCGUUCGAAAUUCUAUAGUUUUAUUCCCGAAUCAGUGAUGUGCAAAUGGCGAACUGCAGUCAUCUCUUUUCUUUCAUUAUUUUUUAUUUUCAAAUAGAAAGUUUAAAAGUAAAGAAUAAUUAGAGUUUGGCAUGGGUCGGUCAAACAGGCUGAAUUUCAAGUUUUGGCCCGUUUUGAUCAAGUCUAAUUUAUAAUCACAUGGUUCCUUGAUACCCGAUAAAAAUCUCAAUCCAAACCAGUUUGGCAGGUGAGUCCGUGUUUACCACCAUUUUCUAGGGAUACAGAAAGCACAAUGAUGAGAAGAUGAAAGUUUUAUAAAGCAAAUUAAUCGGCCAACGGGCCGAGUAAAAGCUAGCAACGAUUGUGAGAUGCUCAUUUUCCGAAAACCGGCGGGAUAUGCGAUUUUUUAUUCGAUUUCCUGGAAUUCGGUUUCUAUGAAACUUACUCCACCUCAUCAUAUUACCAGAAAUAAUAUUAUUUCACAAGGUAAUAGGUACUUGAUUUUGGUUCAUAAGGUUGAUUUUUGAUUCGUUGCAUCAUUCAUGUCUCUUUCCUACUAAAAUUCACUAUUUUUAUCAUGUGUUUCCCAAAAAAACUAUACAACAAUAAGCUAUACACCCCCAUUACAUUAUCAAAUUUCAUACCUCACCUUCCUCCGGCCAAAUGGCCGGGGCACAUGCUAGUUAGAAAUUAAGGCGAAACAUAUAUCUAGGAGGAAAGAGAAACAUGGAGAGUAAAGAAAGUUGGCUUGGUGCAUUUUUCACUAUGUAGUAUGUACACAUUUUUUUGUUCUCUUCCCUAUUAAUUUAAGAGGUCGUAUGAUUAUUUUUGUGAGAUUGUUAUUAUACUUGUAUUGUUUAGGAUGUAUCAUUUUCUUAAUAUUUUUUAGCAGAUACAAUACAUGAAUUGUUUCUUUGAUGUGACAGAAAUUAUCACUCAAAAUAAGUGAUUGUUAUAUCUCAACUUUUAGCUGAGAUUGUUAAGAUAGUUGACUUCAAAUUAUUUUAUCUCAGCUUUUAACUAAUGUGACAUACAUAAUCACACAUACCAAUAGGGAUGGCAGUGGGCCCGCGGAUUUUGGACAUCUGUCGGGCCCCGCCCACAAAGAAUGGGCUUAAACCCCCGAAGGCGGGGCUGGAAUGCGGUGACGGGUUUGCCCGCGACCCGGUGGCUGCGGUGAUGGGCUGGGGACGGAUUCAACGAUCCCCGCCCCGAGUACAAAAUGACGUCGUUUUGUAAGGCGUAUAUAAUCUCCAAAUUUAGGGUUAGGGUCUGGAAACACCAUUUUCACCAAACCCCGCCGCCCUCGUCCCCGAUUUCCUCUCAACUCGAACAUGGCGAAUCGCCGAUUUCUAUCCAAAUCUUUUCCAUUCCGACGAUUCCUCCUCGUUUCUCGGCAUUAUCCCUUGUAAAUCGACGAUCCCAUCCCCAAUAGCCCAGAGAUAGUCCUUAAUCGCUGCCCUCACUUGCCUAAAAUGUCUCAAUCGAUGGAAAUCAGCCUCGAAUUGUGCAUGCAUACGAUUUAUUUCCCAAAUCGAGAUAAGUAUUCAUUUCUUCUUUCUUUCCCUAUUCGAUAUGUACUGAAAAGUGUAUAAAUAGGAGACUCACUUCUUCAUUUUGUUCAUCUGCAGUUCUUGGAACCCUAAAUCCAGAAACCCUAGCCAACAUAUUUCAGAACCCCCUGCUUAUUCGUCAUUCUCGGUAAGUUUUGCAUGUAGUAGUUCGUUUGAUGAUUUGUUUGCGGGUGUUUGCUUAGUGUUUCAGUAUCGGAGACGCUAAUUUUGCAUGAAUUUGUGUUUUUUAGCAUUUUGCAGCUCUCUGUUCUGGAUUCUCAUCAAGCAGCUGGUGAUUAAUCUUCAAUAUGCUUAGGUAAGUCGUUCUUAGCUUGUUAGAAAUUCAGUUGGUGCUAAUUUUGCACCUUGUUGCUAGUUCACUUGGUUGUUCAUAGCUUAAUAUGUUCCUGUGAAUAAGUGAAUUGAUUAUGUUCUAAGGAAAUAUGGUUUGAACACAUGUAAUAUGCUAGACUGGUCAAUCGGAGAUGAUUGUAACUUCGACAUUUUGUCAAUUGGUUUCUUUUAUGAUCAACUUAAGUACUGAAUACAUCUAAUCUGUUAAGUACUUAAGUUUGAAACUGGUAAGCUUAAACUGGGAACUUCUAAACUGAUAAUCUAUUCACUUGCUUAAUGCUAAAUUGAUAAUGUCAAGAGUAAUAUGCUAAUUUGUUGUAAUCUGCUACAUACUAAUUUGUAAUCUGCUCGAUGCUAAACUAUAAUCUGCUCAAUGAUAAUCUGUUCUAAGCAAGGCCGAGUCCGGUAAGAUACAAAUCCAGUAAAUGUUGUCAAUGCUAAACUACUAAUGUGUUUUGAUCAAGUUCUCAUUAAUUAAACUCCUAAUCUAGUAGCUGUAAUCUCUUUCUCUAUCGGAACAUCUAAUCUGUUAAGUACUUAAGUUUGAAACUGGUAAGCUUAAGCUGGGAACUUCUAAACUGAUAAUCUAUUCAUCUGCUCAAUGUUAAACUGAUAAUGUCAAGAGUAAUCUGCUAAUUUGUUGUAAUCUGCUGCAUACUAAUUUGUAAUCUGCUCGAUGCUAAACUGUAAUAUGCUCAAUGAUAAUCUGUUGUAAGUAAGGCCGAGUCCAGUAAGAUACAAAUCCAGUAAAUGUUGUCAAUGCUAAACUGCUAAUGUAUUGUGAUUAAGUUCUCGUCAAUUAAACUCCUAAUCCAGUAGUUGUAAUCUCUUUCUCUAUCGGCUGUCCUCUUUUGAAUCCAACUGGACAUAUUUGUAAAACAUUUUUCCUAUUUCUUCCUCUUAAACAGAUGGAACCUGGACACGUUGAGAAUGCACCUGCCCCUCCUCCUGGUAAUCCUCCUAAUGUUGAGGAAGAUGUUCUUCCACAACUUCCCUUAGGUGCUAGUAUGUCUUUAAAGUCCGAUGUCUGGCCUCACUUCACUAGGAUGAUGGUAAUGGGAUUUUGAAAGCAAAAUGCAACUACUGCAAGAAGAUCUUGGCUGGGAAAUCUAGUAGUGGUACCUCCCAUCUUAGGACUCAUAGGAAUAAAUGUGUUCAUAAGAAAAUACAUGAUGGGAGUCAAAAAAUUCUGGGUGCUAACCACCACGUCAAUGGUACAGCUGACAUGAGUACCAAUCAAUUCAGUAGUGAGGUGUCUAGAAAGGAGCUCUGCACCAUGAUCUUGGUGCAUGAGUACCCCCCUUUCUAUUGUUGACCACAUGUACUUCAAAAGGUUUUGUUGCACCUUGAACCCUCUUUUCAAAGUCCCAACCCGAAAUACCAUAAAAAAAGACAUCGUGACUAUUUAUGGUUUAGAGAGAUCUAAAAUUCAAAGGGUCAUGGAUGAAAACAGAGGGAGAAUAGCUGUUACCAUUGACCUGUGGACUGCAGCAAACCAAAAAAGAGCUUACAUGGCUGUCACUGCCCAUUACAUAGACAAUUUUUGGAUUCUUAGGAACCAUCUGAUUAUGUUUGGUUAUCUCCCUGCCCCCCCCCCCCCCCCCCCCCCCACACACACACACACUAGUGAGAGGUUGGCUGCAAAGCUCGUUAAGUGCCUCCAAUCAUGGAACAUUGAUAGUACAUUGUCGACAAUUACUCUUGACAAUUGUGCUACCAAUGAUUCCAUGAUCAAUCUAGUUAAACAAAGGCUGGUCCUAUCUAAUUUGAUUAGGGAUGGGACACUUCUCCAUAUGAGGUGCUCUGCUCACAUCCUUAAUCUGAUUAUGAGGGAUGGCCUAGAUGUUCUUAAAGAUGGAAUUGAGAACAUCAGGGAGAGUGUGGUAUUAUGGACAUGCACCCCUAGGAGAGUUGAAAUUUUCCAUGGAACUGCCCAGCAACUAAAGCUGGAUGUUUCUAAGAAACUUGUGUUGGAUUGUCCCAAUCGGUGAAAUUCUACAUAUGAGAUGCUUUCUGCUGCUAUCCCCCAUAAGAAUGUGUUUUCUCUUAUGAAAAGAAGGGAACCUCAAUACAAAUCUUUGCCAAGCAACGAGCAGUGGGAGUUUGCUGAAAUUGUGUGUGGAAAACUUGAGGUUUUCAAGGACAUAACUGCUAUAUUUUCUGGUUCAAACUAUCCUACAGCCAAUCUGUUUUUUGCUAAGGUUUGUGACUUGAGGUUGCGUUUGAUGGAAUGGUUAGUGGAUCCUAAUCCGAUGAUCGUUUCUAUGGCUGCGAACAUGUGGGAUAAGUUUACCAAAUACUGGGAUGAUAUACAUAUGUUGUUGGUUGUGGCUGUUGUGAUGGAUCUGCGGUACAAACUGGAUUUGGUUGGGUACUAUGCUGCAAAAUUUGGUAUUUCAAGUACUGACCUUGUGAUUGACAGGGUCAGAGAUGUUGUUUCUGACUUGGUUGUCCAGUAUUAGAGGAAAUCCUCUAAGAACACUGCUGUUUCUUCUACUUCUCAUCCUUCUUCUUCGGCCACAGAUCUGGAUUUUGAUCUAUAUGUGAGCCAAAGGAAAAAAAACCAGAACAUCAGUGGUAACCACUGAGUUAGAUCACUAUUUAGCCGAGGAUGUUCAUCCUAGAACACCAGAUUUUGAUGUUCUUGGUUGGUGGAAAUUCAAUGGGGCCAAGUAUCCCAUUUUGCAAGACAUUGCAAGGGAUUUACUUGUUGUCCCUAUUACAAGUGUGGCUUCGGAAUCUGCCUUUAGUUCUGGUGGGAGGCUUCUGGACCCCCAUCGGAGCAGGCUUGAUCCCGUAACAAUUGAAGCCAUGAUGAUAUUGAGGACAUGGAUUCAAGAUGAUAGCAAAGGUGACUGUGUUAGAUCAUUCUACUGUUUUGCUGUGUUUUGCAUUUCUUACUUUGUAAACUAAUCAAUUAAUUCUUGCUUUCCCUGCAUUGUAGUGUCUGCCUCGGAAUUAAAAGCUCUAGAGGGGGUUUUCUAAGCUAUGGCAAUGGAUGAUGCCUCGGUGGAAGAAUGCAUUGGUAUAUGGUUUCUUUGUAUAGCUAUAACUAGUUCAUUAAUUUAAUUUAUGCUCUUUUCUACCAUAUUGCUUUGUAACAGAUGGAGAUGGAAGUCAAUCGAAGCAGAAAGGAGACGAGGAUGAGGUAGCUGCUGUCAUCAGCCUGCUGGACUAGCUCUAGGUUUGUCGAAUGAAUGGUGAAUGAUGGUUUCCUGCUUCUGUGUUAAAUUCUGAACACAUUUUGAAAUUCUCAUAUUGCAGAUUCUGGUCCAUUAGGCAGUAGUUAGGGAAAGAAUCGUGAAUGCUGUUGUUUUACUGCUGUUCUGCUGUUGUUCUGCUGCUGUUUUGUUGUUGUUCUGAUGUUGUUCUGCUGCUUCUCUACGCUGUUGUUCUGGUGCUGGAAGAUGAUCUGCUGAUCUGUUGCUGGAUUUUUGAACUAUUUUUGGCUUUGUUUGUCUGCUGCUAUGCUUUGCUUAGCUAGUCUUGGAACAUCAUGGAUUGCUUUGUUUAAUUGUUUUCUUUGUUAGCUCGGAUUUAUUAUUGUUAGCUGAGAUACACAGGUUUCACUUCUUAGUUCAACUAUUAUCAUUGUUAUAUUUCUGGAUUUAAGACAAAGUCAUAGGUUUGCAAGUUCAUGGUUAAAGGUUGAAUGUCCUAAAAGUCUUGCUUUCAAUUUAAUUUUACCACAUUAAGUACGAUUGGUUUGAUCUGGAAGGAUGAUUUUUGUUACAUGUUGGCGGGCAGCCCGUGACCCGUGGAUUCACCGAAAUCCGGAUGGGCUUGGGCUUGGUCCAGAUUAUGUGCCCAUUUGGCUUAGCGAGGCGGUGACGGGUAAAAUCCGCAGGCAUAAAUUGCGAGUAGUGGA